CGUCAGCUCUUCUCGAGUGAACUGAUCUGAAAGCGACGUGUCUCUCAGAGCUCAGACUGUUCCUCCUCAGAUCGCCUCCUCAGAACCAGCCCAAACAAACACCAUGGAUCAGGUGAUGCAGUUCGUUGAGCCCAGCCGGCAGUUCGUCAAAGACUCCAUCAGGCUGGUGAAGAGGUGCACGAAGCCCGACAGGAAAGAGUUCCAGAAGAUCGCCAUGGCCACAGCGAUCGGAUUCGCCAUCAUGGGUUUCAUCGGCUUCUUCGUCAAACUCAUCCACAUCCCCAUCAACAACAUCAUUGUUGGUGGUUAAAUCUUGGACAGAGAAAAUCGUUUUUCAAUACCUGGGGACGGGUGACGGUGCUGUAAAGUGAUAUGGGGCUGACGGGCUCGGGACUGAAGGGGGAUGGCAAUUUUUACGUUCUGUACACAACAUUUGUAUUUGCUGUGUAAAUAAAACAAAUGAAAACCCA